UCAGCGUCAUUCUUUGGAACUUCUUCUCUCACACAGGAGAAGCGGAGGCAAUGGAGAUUCACGAGGUGAAGCGCGAGCAGCGGUAGCUCGAAAGCAAGAUUCUCGAAGUGAGGAAGGAGAGAUAGAAUCUUUCUGGGGUUCCUUUCCCAUGAAUCUUCUCGCGCCUUGAAGCCCUAGAAGUCCCGCGAUUGGACCCCUUCCUUCCUUUUGCUCAGUCAAGCCCUCCAAUGGCCGAUCAUCGCGCGGAGUCGUCCGCCCUCAUCCCUCCGUUGCCGAUGCGGGAGCCGAGCGAGGUUGACCUCGAGGCAGGGCCCGGCGAGCAAAUUCAGUGUCGUAUUUGCCUCGAGACUGACGGCAGAGAUUUCAUUGCUCCUUGCAAGUGUAAAGGGACAUCGAAAUAUGUUCACCGUGAAUGUUUGGAUCACUGGCGUGCAGUUCGGGAAGGGUUUGCAUUUGCUCAUUGCACCACUUGCAAGGCCCCCUAUCAUUUGAGAGUUCAUGUUGUUGCUGAUCGAAAGUGGCGGACUUUGAAAUUUCGGUUCUUUGUCACUAGAGACAUCAUAUUUAUUUUUCUCGCCGUCCAACUUGUGAUCACUUCUCUAGCAUACUUGGUGUAUUUGAUAGAUGGCUACCAGCAGUUCUGGCUUCGGCACGCAUGGGGUUUUGAUAGUGGACUUAGCUUCUACUACAUUUGUGGAGCACUACUAUUCUUUGCUUUGCUGGGGUUGUCUGGGUGCUUCAUCACUUGCUACGAUCGGAGAGUCCGGAAUGAUUUGGCUCAGCCUUGUCGAGAACUCUGUCUAUGUUGCUGUCAUCCUGGAAUUUGUGCAGAUUGCCAUUUACCUGGCACACUCUGUAUGUGGACUGAUUGUACCACAUGUUUUGAAAGCUGUGCAAGUUCAGCAGCUGAGUGUGGAUGUUUAGGAGGCGCUGGUGAAGCUGGGCUACCUCUAUUGUUUAUUAUGGCUCUGAUUGUUCUUGGACUGUUUACUGUGAUUGGCAUAUUCUACAGUGUUUUAGUUGCCACUAUGGUUGGACAGCGGAUAUGGCAGAGGCAUUAUCAUAUACUUGCAAAAAGGAUGCUAACUAAAGAGUAUGUGGUAGAAGAUGUUGAUGGCGAGAUGACAGGAUCUGAUUGGUCUCCCCCACCUCUCCCUCCCGAGCACGUUCAGCAGCUGAAAACGCUCGGCCUCCUCUAGUAGCAAAGUCAUUAUAUGGUUCAUAAGAAUAACUAGUACGAUUCUGACAACCCUCUAUGUAUCAUUGCCUUUGUAUGUGGAAAAUCCCCGAAGGAGGAGAUUGGCCAAAUCCCUCUUCAGAGCCCAACCGUGAAGAGUAUAAAUGUGACAAUGUUCUACUGUUUUCACUUACAAGUUCCGGAUACCUGCCUUUUCUGUUGAAAAUUACCGCAAUAUGAGAUGCAUAAGACCAGAUCCAAAUGUUGUAAAUGAAAUGGCUGUCAACGGCUGUCCUUUUCAAAAGCCAGUAACUUUCACAUCGGUUUCA